AUGACUAUUCCAAUGGUCGAGCACAGACAAAGCUCGAAACAGAAGAAUCCCAAGUCUUCCAAACUAGGACCGAGAGGAGACAUCAGCAAAAAGAAGUUAUCUGGGAAGUACUUCAACUAUGAUAAAAUAGGUCAUAAAUCUUUGAACUACAGGAAGCCAAUGAAGAAGCAGGAAGCUAACCUGAACGAGGGACCAGAAAUGGACGACCUCUGCGUUGUGGUCUCCGAGCUAAACUUGAUCGGUACUGGAGUGGACAUAAAAUUUGAGCACAUCAAGGGGAUAAAUAAUGAGUUGGCAGAUGCAUUAUCAAGACUGGUGCAUCAUGUGGCAAAUCAAGCGAAACAAAGGACGUUCAUACCACCAUCAAAGGACUUCUUGGACAGAUUAUCAAAAGGCACUGGAGACCAUACAUUUGAGAGGAGGCUGCGCCUCGGGGGACCACUGUUGAAGCAGAAUAUUGCAACUAUGGUGCUUGAGAGCCCAUUUUAUGGUCUUCGACGUCCUAGAUUGCAGCAUGGUGCAAAGCUUCUCUGUGUGAGUGACUUGCUACUUCUAGGAAGAGUAACUAUCGAGGAAUCACGUGGUUUGUUGCACUGGCUAGAGGAAGAAGCUGGAUUUGGCAAGACAGGCAUAUGUGGGCUGAGCAUGGGUGGUGUUCAUGCUGCAAUGGUAGGAUCUCUUCAUCCUAGACCAAUUGCCACAUUGCCAUUUCUCGCUCCUCAUUCUGCUGUUGUAGCUUUCUGUGAAGGGGUCUUGAAAUACGCCACAGCAUGGGAGGCACUUAGAGAAGAUGCUGAAGAGGAGACUGGGAUGACUCUAGAACAAGCCAAACAGCGGUUACGGUCUGUGUUAUCGCUCACUGAUGUUACAAGGUUUCCAGUUCCAAAAAAUCCCAAGGCUGUCAUUUUUGUAGCUGCUACAGACGAUGGGUAUAUUCCUAAACAUUCAGUUUGGGAGCUUCAAAAAGCAUGGCCUGGAUCAGAAGUGAGGUGGGUGACUGGUGGUCAUAUUUCAUCGUUUAUUCUUCACAAUGAUGCUUUCCGCAAGGCAAUAGUUGAUGCCCUCGGUAGAUUGCAGUGGAGGGUAUCCUGAUUCAGAAUCUUCAUCAUUAAAUAUAUUUGCAUUUGAUAAUUCUUGUGGUAUCA